AUGAAAGACGAAACGAGUCGGACCGAUCAGGAAGAUCUCAUCAAAAAGAUUCUUGCCAGAUAUAAUCAUGAAGAAGAGGAAUUUUUAAAGGAGCUAGAAGAAAUGCAAAGUCAGGUACCACAGCAGUCAACAAUAAGUAAUGAUGUUCCAAUGCUUGGUAUUUUAUGUAGUUUGGCCAAUGAAAUUAAUGAGUUGCGAUAUGAGAACCGAAAAUUGCGCUAUCAUCUAAAGCAGAAUUCACCGAGAGGGUUUGUUAAUCGUCUUGGAGCAUUCAUAGACUCGCGAGCUAAUAUUUUACCAAAGAUUGUUGGUCGUAAAAUUGAAAUUCAAAGUGGCGCAAGAGAGAGACUUUCCACACCACCGUGUAAGGAAAGUCUAACAAGCUCGACAGAUAUUUCAUCGGAUACGAAACGUAUUACGAAUUUCUUGAUAAAAAGGAAAAACAGUAUACCUCCUCUUGUUAUGCCGGAAAUGUCAGAUUCAGAAGCAGAACAAUCAGUUUUCACCGAGGUAGCGUUGCCACAAUAUGCGAAAAAGGAAGAAGGUGAAAGAGGAAGACGAACAAUAACAAAACGGAAUACGAAUAUCUCAUUGAUACCCGAAUAUAUGACCCAUUCUUCUGCAUCAUCAAGAGAUAAUUCCGAGAAUAUGAGUUCGUUUAUUUAUUCUUUUGUUAAUAAUCUAGAAAACAUGAAUGUUAGAUUAAAAAAAACGAGAAUAAUUGUUUUUCAGCGUCAAGUCGGUCGAGUUUUUUGGAAUUUAUUGGAAUAA